AUGAUGACAUACGAGGCAAGCCUAUUCGUCUCAUUUGGCUCUGGUUUCGUUCCGCGUUGCCGUCCCUCCGUUAGAUUGCUGUCCUUCCGUCAGGUUGCUGUAGCUCCGUCAGGGCGGGAGGAGCAGCGCAAGGGGGCGAUAGGGGAGGCCCUGACGCAUUUGGCGGAGGAGCAGCGCAAGGGGGCGAUAGUGGAGGCACUCACACACUUCUCGGUGCUCUCGGCCAAUGCCAUGGCGACAGGUGUCACCACCACGCGCAUGCGCCUGCAGCUCAUGAAAAAAUACUCAGAAGUGCAGGACUUUUGGUUGACAGAGGAGGAUGUGAACCCAUCAGCACCGCCUACAAUCCAUCCCGACCUGCUUCAUUACAUCGUCACACACGAUCCCCGCCUCUCCCCCUCCCCCUCCACCCGCCCCUCCACCUCCUCCCCCCCCAACGCCUCCUCCCCGCCCCUCUCCCCCUCCUCCUCCGCCUCCCCCCCCAACACUCCCCCCCCUCGCUCCCUCACUCACUCUCGCUCGCUGGCGGAUGGGCGGACAAGGGGGAGGAUGGAGGGAGAGGAGGGAGAAGUGGAAGGAGGAAGGGAAGAGGAGGAGGGAGGAAAUGGAGGGGAGGAGGGAGGAGGAGAAGGGGAGGGGGAUGUUGAUGAGGGAUUAUCAGUGCUUCCUCUUCUGUGCUCUUACAGCGAAGGGCCUACACCUACUCGUACAUCAGGCGAUGGGGUGGGUGGGGCGGUGCAAUCAGGCGAUGGGGUGGGUGGGGCGGUGCAAUCAGGCGAUGGGGUGGGUGGGGCGGUGCAAUCAGGCGAUGGGGUGGGUGGGGCGGUGCAAUCAGGCGAGGGGCGGUGCAAUCAGGCGAGGGGCGGUGCAAUCAGGCGUUGGGGUGGGUGGGGUGGUGCAAUCAGGCAAGGGGUGGGUGGGGCGGUGCAAUCAGGCAAUCUCGGUCAAACCCGCUCCCUCGAAGUCCAACUUUCUUCCCUUCAGGCCUCUAGGUUUGAGGUGCCUCGGGAAUAA